AUGCUAUGAGAGGUGCUGGGCAGCACUGGGAGCGUGGGACACUGGGGAGAGCUGUUGGAGGAAAUGGAAGGUACUGGUGGAGGGAAUUUGGGCUGCUGGGGGACACUGGGGAUGGGUGUUUGGGUGCUCAGGAGCACUGGAGGCCUGAUUUGGUGUGCUGGGGUGGGAUUUGAUGGGAAGCAUUGGGGUAGGAUUUAGGGGUGCUGGGGAGCAUCUUGGUUGGAUUUUGGGGUGCUGGGGAGCAUCAGGGAAUGCACUGCUGGCUACCCUGGAAGCAGGGUCCUGGGGGGUCCUGGGGUUGGACUUGGGGAUGUUGGGAGCAGGAUUGGGGUACUGGGCACACUGGAAGCAGGGAUCUGGGUGCUGGGAAUAGGGUUUGGGGCUGGGGACACUGAGGAGGCCACUGGGGUCACAUAGAGGGGCUGGGGACAGGGAUGGUGGGGUGCAGGGGUAACAGGACACCAUGACAUCCCCAUCCCCAGGGCUACAGGACGGGCUGGCCACAGUGUCCCAGGACCUGGCAGGGAAGAAGGGUGUGGAGCUGGACAUCGUCGAGUACUACUCCUACUGGCACCCUGACCCCAGUACCAUGCCUGAGCCCCGGCCAGCCCCCGGGGUGCGCAUCGGCUCCCUGAGCCCCUCGCACGUGGACCUGCUCAACGACACAUGGCCCUACGGGGGGAAUGCCCGCAGCCGGCGCUACCUGGCUGAGAUUUUGGGGCGCUUCCCGCAAGUCUGCCUGCAGGACAGCAGCGGGCAGCCCAUUGCCUGGGUGCUGACGGAUCAUUUUGGGACGGGCACCCACAGCUACACGCUGCCCGAGCACCGGCGGUGCGGCCACAUGCAGGUGGCACUGACGGUGGCGGCGCAGCGGGCACAGUCCCGCGGGUUCCCCACGUUCGGGCACACGGCACUGGGGAACCGGCCCAUGCAGCAGCUGCAGGAGCUGCUGGGCCACCAGCGCCUGCCUGGGGUCUGCCGCUACAUCCUGCACAAUCCCGGCCUGGACAGGGACGGGCCCUGAGGCCCCGCUGUCCCCUCUCCGUGCCCACCUCAAAUUAAACAGCGAUGUGGAGUCUCUGA